UUUGCAGGUAGCAUUCUGGAAACCGAAUGAGUCGUGUUAUCUUUGUGAGUGGGGCUCUGUAUCAAUGGUUACUCAGGGGAACACAUCUAACUAUGUGGCCUUGAAGAGAAGUUUAUCAAAUUUUUCACUGACCGAGCCCAUAGAGACGUGUCCAUCUCCAAACAUAAAUCUGAAAACUUGCGGAACUGGAUUGAAGUAUUUCUUACGGUACAAUGAUUCCGUCUGCCUCAUGAUACAAUAUCAAGCAAACAAGUUUACUCAUCAAGGAGCUCAACUUGGAUGUCAAAGGGAUGGCCUUAAGCUAAGAGGUCUGGAAUCUGAAAGGAUUUUUGUUGCUGAGCUUGCAACAAUCUUGAAAAAGCAGUUUCAAAAAUAUAACGAAGUGGCUGUUUGGGUGGAUGGCAAGCGAAAUUCAAAGUGUGAAACAAGCCAAAACUGUAGCUCGAUUGAGGAUUAUGAAUUCCAAGAUGAUACACUUCACUACAAAAGCGGCUACAAAUGGAAUACCGGUGAACCAAAUGGAUUGGGUGGCGAAUAUUGUCUACAGAUGUACAUUUUGCCAGACACAUCUUCCGAUUCCCAUGGAAAAAUUGAUGACGUAGACUGCUCCAUGAUCGAAAACUACCCGAAAUUUUUUGCGCUGUGUGGAAUGAAAGCAAAAUAAAUUGAACUUUUCAAUAUCUGUUUGAAUUAUCCAACCAAUAAAGUUGAAUCAA